UUGUCUCCCUCCAUAGUUUUGAAUCCAGUCUGAAAGUACAGCUCUUGUAUCUACACAUUCACCUUUUGAAGCCGGCGCCAGCUCGUUCUCCAUCAAAAAUGGCCAGGGUUUUAUUUGAUGACGUGUAUUUCUAUCCUCCUCAAUGGUCCUCUCCAAGCGAAGCUUCCCAAGACGUGAAGACGCUAUGUUGCAAGGUUCGCAAGGGCAUUGAGAAGUUCUACAACGGAGGGACCAGGUUUGACCAGUUCACACCGACCUAUUUCACUCAGCUGAACAAGAAGAAUGAAUACAUACUGACACGAGUCAAGGUUUGGAUCAAUCCAAUUGCGCAAAUCCGUGUCCAAAUCAAGGUCUACACCCCACCUCCAAUCCAGCCUAUUGAGAUACCGACUGAGGUAACGGCAUACGUCGAUGGCAGUCUGGACGAAGGACCACCGUCAUCAGAAGAUUGACGCUGAAAAUGUAUUGGCUUUGUUCUGCUUUCCUCUCUAUUCGAUUCUAUUGUCGACUGCUUUACACGAUUUUGUACUUCGAAGUACCUCUAACGUUUGUCGUUGAUAGAGUGCCAUUCAAAUUAUAGUCGUUAAGGUGAUUUAGUUGCCAUAUUCCCACAUUAUCGCCUUCUUAGUAUUUGACCCCACUAAUUUCCCUGAUACCUAAGCGGUCAAAUAUAUCGCGUAUUUGACUGCUUAGUCAAAUACGCGAUAUAUUUGACUACUUAUAUUUGACUCCUUAGAACUUCUUGGACUUAGAAAUUUUCUCUCCAACUUAGAAAAAGAAAUUUUUGAAGAAAGCAGAAAUACACAAGAUGGGAUUAGAACCCACAACCUUGUGAACCUCAGUCACUCUUCCUUACCACCCAGCCACUGUGCUACCGAUGCUGAACCUAGUUUAAACAAUGAUCUUGACUUUCAAUGCAGUACAAUGCGGUAUAGGCUAUAGUAUAAUACUAGAAUUAUAAGGAUAUGUCGUAUAUGAAGAGAAACGUUUGCGUGGAGAACACGAUAAAUAGAUUAUAGACCUCAUAGUUGGUCUAUACAGGAUAUAUAGACCUCGUAAAAGACCUCGGGGGACCUCGGUCUUUUACUCGGUCUAUAUAUCCUGUAUAGACCUCCUAACCGGUCUAUAAUCUAUACUUAUCUCCUCUCGCACCAAUCUCUCUUUUCUUUUAGACUGAUUCGAUACAGAAUAUACUUCUUUUCCGUGA